UUCAAAAGUAAAGUCGGCAGACCUCGAUCAAUCAACUCCACACCAUCUAACUACUCAUAUCAAAAGCCUUAUCUGUCGCAGGCGACGCACUAUCAAGUUUAAGAGAUCAACUGAUCCUCCCUCCCGUUCAUCCAUACCCCGACAUCACAAAUACCCACCGCACCGAGAGCCUAGAAGACCACCACCACCAGCACCACCAGCCAUGCUCCGCCGCAAACCGACCGCGCUGACCAUCACCAACGAAGACAUCGCGGCUUUUGAAGAGGCAUACCUCCGCCGCCUCGCGUAUGCCCGGUAUCUCAAGACGGGCGAGGAUCCGGAGGGUCUGUUCCGCAACAACAAGAACGGCGCCGCGGGCCCGGAUGGGACAGCCGCAACCACCACCACCAGCGGCGGCGACGCAGGCGCCGGGGCGCAGGUGGCGGUCGAUCCGAAUGACGAGCUCAAGCCGUUGCCGGGGGACAAGGCGCGGAUCGUGAGGAGUCGCGAGGAGAGGAUCAUGGGCGCGGGUGGAGGGGCGAGGUGAUAUAUGUACACACACAUACGCACACUGACGCACUCACUCGGGUGCGCAAGCACGCGCAGAGGGAGAGGUAUACACACAUACCCACACCCACUCCCACGUCCAUGCCGACGGAGAGACACCGCGACACGACACGACGCGACUCCAUCUGGCAACGGUGGAUAUAUACGGGAGUACUGGCCACGAAACACCUGCGGCGCCGCAUGGAGCCUGGCUUCGCUUCAAGGCAGCAUGCAUGCAUACAUUUACGCCUGAAUCUGGCCAUCCAUCGACCGGGCGAGACGGAGCAUUUGGGACCCUGCUUUAGACCUCUCACGACGUCGUGGGAGGUGCGGUGCAGCAGUGUACGUGCGACGGGGCCCAUCACAUCACCAUCACUUCGGGGGAGAAAGGCACAGCGGAGGUAAACAUCGGCUCUCUAUGCAGCAGCAGCUGCAGCAGCAGCCCCCCUUUCCGCCUCAUCAUGGUGCUCAAUGGAGUGAAUGGCGCUCGCGUACCUACGCGUGACUAUCUGUCUGGAUGAGUUCACGAUCGUCGACGCGAGAGAACGGCAAGACCGGUUCGAGAUCGCGAGAUGUUCAAUCUUGGAAGGGAAGGAUAUUGUUUUGAGGUUUGGAGCAAUGUUGGGCCAACAGAGGAUACCAAGAAUUGUGAAGAAAUCUCUUCUGAAAUUGACAGGAUACUGGAGAAAGUGAGACACCUCUCUCCAGAUAGCAUGCUACGCUCAGUGGAAUCUUCUUCGAUCGGUCAAGCAGACCGCAGAUUUUGCUUGGUUUAUUCCCUCUCCCUUUGAUACAAAUACAAGCCACCCAUCAUCACUCCUGCUUAUCAUCCUCUACCCGUGGCUGCUUUGACGCCGUGCCGUCCUGGCUUUCUCCGUUUGCCGCCUGCUGCUGACCCUGCCCUUCUUCGGUGAUGGUCUCCAUCCUAUCCGCAUUCCGUCUCUCUUCCUCCUCGCGUGCUCUUCUCUCCC